AAGUUUUCAACUGCACAUUUCUCUUCAUCUUUGUGUCUGUAUAAUCCAGAAAACAUGGCUCCCACUGCUGCUAUGCUCAUCCUUCCCACUCACCUCAACACUUGCUCUUCUCCUUCUCCCUCUUCCGGGUCGUCGCCUGGAGAUUUGUUUGGACUGAUCGGAUGGGUCGGCCGCUGCCGCCGGCAAGAGCUCAAACAGAGCCCCGUCGCCGCCGCGGAUCACGUGUCACAGCAUCAACUGCCCCAGGAUCCUCUGAAUCAUACUAAAUCUGGAGAAGAAGAAGUCUCAAGAAGCUCUUGAACCCCACAUGCUCUUUUUGUGCUCAAACACUCUUCAUUCGUUAAUUACUUCUAUAUGUAUCGUGUUGUCAAUGUAUUCUGCUUCUGCCAUGCUUUGCUUUUGUUUUGUUCUUGUUGCUGCGGGUGAAUCGAUCGGGUGAGUAUGUGGGCUUGUACAUAUAUGGCGUGUAUAUAUACCACCUCCCAUGUUUGUUCAGUUGUUUGAUUCCAUUUAUAAACAUACGUUUGCAAU